AUGGCGGUGCAGCACCAUGCCGGCAUGCAGGCAAGCUUACAUGCAGAGGUGGCUGCUGCAGCCGAAAAGACAGGCAUCGCCAAGAGUCUCAAGUCAGAGAUGCGGUUUCGUUUAAUUCAGUCUCUCCAUAAGGCGUCUCACUUGCAGGCUUUUGACCCAGAUGACAGAAUACCUCUGGCUGAAAGGGCCCUGUACAGCCUGGUGUUGGAGUUUCUCCGCCAUCGUCAAAAAGACUACAGCUUGUCCGUCCUGUUGCCGGAGUGUGGCAUGACUUCCUCAGAUGUCUUGGCAGCCGACGAGGUCGGGCAGGCCCUCUCCUUGCAGAAAUCGCCGGCCUACCGCUUGGCAUCCAAAAUGGGUGACGAUCCACUUCUCGACCGUUUGCUCCGAGUUGUGGCCGCUUCGGAGGAGCCUACAUGCAAUGCAACGGGAGUCCAGACAGACCCGCAAGGAAUCGGCGAAACUAUCGACGAGAAGCUCCGUGCAUGUGCUGUGUCAGGCGAGCACAAGGACAGGCGAACGAUUGAAGAGCGUAUGCUCCAGUUUCGAUCCCGCUGCGAAGCCAUGGUGCGGAAAGAGUCUGAGGCUGAACUUGCAAGGGUUCGCAUGCUGGAGCGCGAGCAGAUCGCGCUCGAGGAAGCAGCCAAGAGCCGAGCCGAAGUGCAAGAGGCGCUGGCGAAAGCAAAGCGCGAGCUCUCGGAGAGAGAGGAACGCUUGCAUCAGCGUGAGAGACUUGCUCUUGAACGGACUCGUGCCAAGGAGUUAGAUCUUGAGAAGAAAGCAGUAGAGUGGCGAGCAGCAGCUCAACAAGUUAUUGACGAGGAACAAGUGCGCCAGUCCACCAGGGCAAAGCACCUGGAUGUGGAAGACAAACGUCUCCAGAUAUUGAAGGAAGGGCUGGACCGACGAGAGCAAGAGCUACGACUUGCUGAGGAGAGGAAUUCCGCAGCCGCGACAGAGCUGACACGGCGCACGGAAGAGACGAGGGAGGCGGCCAAAAUGGCUGCCCAGGCGGCCGUGGCGGCCGAGCGCGAUGAGCUUCGACAGUCCCAACUCAGCCUGGACAGGGAAAAGAUCCAGGUGGCGGGCAUUCGCGACCAUCACGAAGCUUUGAAGGACAGGCUCUUUGCGGAGACAGCAGAGGCUGAAAGGAGUGCGAACCAGGCAAGGAAGGACGCCAGGGUGGCAGAAGAGGGACUUUCGGCAAAAGCUCGGGAGCUGGAGGAAGCCCGAGAACAGAUACAGCUCCUCAAGGUUGCCGGGCAACAGGUCGUUGCAUUCCAGCAAGAGCUGGAAGUUGUUCGGAGCGAAAAGGCAGCUCUGCGGCACAUGCUGGACGCUGAGAAGCAGGCGCACUCUCGUGCCGAAGCUGAGCUCGAGCAGCUUCAGAAAGACAAAGGCCGCCUUGGUGCAGAAGUCGAAGAGCUUCGGAGCCUGCAUGGAAAGUUGGAGGAGAAGCUCGUGGCGGCCGAGAACAUGCCAUCAGCCCUGGUUCGGCAGCUGCAAGAAACGCGUUCGCGGCUCUCCACAGAGGCAUCAGAAACCGAGAGACUGCGGCAGCAGCUUCAGGUUGCAGAACAAAGAGCUGCACCACACAGAACGUGGGUGAGUGCUCUUCAGAAUCUCGAACAAGAGAUCUUCUCAGGCUGCAGUCCGGACAUGGAGGUUGGCAAGGUGACGAGGCGAAGCCGCGCGCUGGAGGAAAGAACCCUCCAGCUCGAGCGGGAGAUCAGCGCAUUUGAGCAGCGACACAGGACAAGCAGACGGGAAGUUCAAUGGUCUGACGACGAGUCUGAGAUGUUUGCGGAGGAGCCGCUUCAGUGGGGAGGUGUGCCAUGGCGCGCAGCAGCAUCCUUCGUGACGCCUGGCCGCCCCUGCGCCUCCAGGGCCUCGACGGAGCACGAGCUUCUGCAAGUCGCCGGUCCGGUGCCAUCUCCACGGCUCCCAGAGGAGAGCCAGAGGACUUUGAUGCCGUGUGGGAGGCUUGGAUCUGGGCCCAGACCAGUCCCCGCAGAGGGUGCUGACUGGACUCCGAUGACUCCUCCGCCGGCCCUCCAGCAAAGGUGCGCCCCAUCAGACAUGGAGGCUCUGCCGAGAGCUGCAGGCACCGCAGUCGCAGCACCGAGCCGGGAGGACCAACCUCCAUCGACACCGCCAUCCGCAGUGCAGAUGCCUCCUGUGCCUGUGGAGCACGCUGUGCCAAGUGCCUCUGCGACGCAGGCCCCGCCAAAAGCUGCAGGUGCCACUGUCGCAGCACGCAGCCGAGAGGACGAACCUCCUCCGGCACCGCCAUCUACAGUGCACUCGACUACAGCUGUGGAAAGCAGCGCGCCAGCUGACUCCGCGACGCAGGCCCAGCCCAAAGCCGCAGGCGCCGCGGUCGCAGGACCUAGCCGGGAGGACCAACCUCCACCGGCACCGCCACCCGCAGCGCAGAUGCCUCCUGUGCCUGUGGAGCACCCUGCGCCAAGUGCCUCUGCGACGCAGGCCCCGCCGAAAGCUGCAGGUGCCACUGUCGCAACACCCAGCCGAGAGGACGAACCUCCUCCGGCACCGCCAUCUACAGUGCACUCGACUACAGCUGUGGAAAGCAGCGCGCCAGCUGACUCCGCGACGCAGGCCCAGCCCAAAGCCGCAGGCGCCGCGGUCGCAGGACCUAGCCGGGAGGACCAACCUCCACCGGCACCGCCACCCGCAGCGCAGAUGCCUCCUGUGCCUGUGGAGCACCCUGCGCCAAGUGCCUCUGCGACGCAGGCCCCGCCAAAAGCUGCAGGUGCCACUGUCGCAGCACGCAGCCGAGAGGACGAACCUCCUCCGGCACCGACAUCUACAGUGCACUCGACUACAGCUGUGGAAAGCAGCGCGCCAGCUGACUCCGCGACGCAGGCCCAGCCCAAAGCCGCAGGCGCCGCGGUCGCAGGACCUAGCCGGGAGGACCAACCUCCACCGGCACCGCCACCCGCAGCGCAUUCGCCUGCUGUUGCUGUGGAAAGCCGCAAUGUGCCAACCCCGUCUGUGAUGCAGGCGACUCCGAGGACUGCAGGCGCCACAGUGGAAGCACCGGGCCGAGAGGACCACCCUUCGACGGCAGCACCAUCCACAGCGCUGUUGGCGACUGCACCGGUGGAAGGCAGUGCACAAAGCACCUCUGCAAUGCAGGCUAGACGAGCACCCAGCGAGGGUGCGGAGCCGGAGUCUGCCGAUGAGGACGUUGCCGAUGACGCGCGGGUCAGCGAGGCACGAAGCGCAUCGGUUGAAGACGCGAUCCAACAGGUAGACAUCAGGAGCGGGGACAGCGCCACCGAGGACGGCCCCGAUAGCCCGCGAGAAAUAGAAGAGGCUCCGACGGCUCAGAUCGCUGCCGCACAGGCUAGACGAGCACCCAGCGAGGGUGCGGAGCCGGAGUCUGCCGAUGAGGACGUUGCCGAUGACGCGCGGGUCAGCGAGGCACGAAGCGCAUCGGUUGAAGACGCGAUCCAACAGGUAGACAUCAGGAGCGGGGACAGCGCCACCGAGGACGGCCCCGAUAGCCCGCGAGAAAUAGAAGAGGCUCCGACGGCUCAGAUCGCUGCCGCACAGGCUGGACGCAGUGAGGGCGAGGAGUUGAACUCCGUCGAUGAGGAAGAGAUCGGAAGCGCUCUGCAGAGCGAGUCCGAAGAGGAUCUUCCAAUCUUUGCGAGCGAUGCAAGUGCUGCAAGUCCUCCGAGUGGAAGUGAGGAUGCCCCGGCGGUUCAGGUUCAGCGAUCAAUCAGCGGUGAUCAAGAGGCAGAGCCCUCGCAGCCAAGUGCAUCAAGUCCAACAGAGCCACCGCAAGCGGCGAGUGUUGGCGACAGGCUGCAGGCAGCAAUCCAAGCCCGCAUCCAGGCAAGAAAGGACGUGGCGAGCGCACCGGACUUGCCGCAGGCGGAGCAAGCGGAGGAGCCGCCAAUGCAGGCCGUGGUGGAGGUAGAAGAGGAAGAGGAGGAGGAGGAGGAGGGCAUACUGGAGGUUCUGGAGGACUCUGAUGGCCAUGAGAGCUUUGAUGGUAGUCAGGGGUCCGGUUGGUAA